GUUUGUUGUUUACUGGGCCAACACCCGAAUAACAUCAAAUAUGAACCACGGAUUGUGCUCCAUAACCUCCCCUCCAUCCCCUAAUCUUCUGCUUCGUCUUUGCUUAUCAAAAUGGAUCGACGCUCUCACGGCGGGCCUAUGGACUUCACCUGGACCAAUGGCCUAGGACCUGUUGACGAAUCUUCUCCAUUCGCCACCCUUGCACGAACAGGAGCCCAGCGACGAGCAGAGCAACAGGAAUCGCAAAACGGCACGGUGAAGAAACGACCGCAUAGUGUUUUUGACUCCCCCACCAAAUUUGAACCAACCUCCUUCCGCGAACCAACCUCCCAGUCAUUCUUGUUCUCCCAGCCUUCGACCGAGCGAAACAAGCCGCUACCACGACCCCCACUGGGCCCUCAGUUCACGACCCCGCGGAAAUUCGAGGUUGAGGUGUCAUCGGGGGGAGAGACUCCUGAUACACCGGACAUCAGUUUUGCGGAUAGUGAGGGCACCCCGGGAGGAAUCCCCAUGGCCUUCGGUGCAAUCAAAGCUAAGGGCGGUGAUGCAAGACCAAGAUCUCCGGUCAAGUUCAAAGGAAGCGAUGAUGAGAGCGCCCCGAAGAAAUCAGGGCGGAGAGACAGCUGGAUGAAUUUCAGGAAAUUGAUAUCCUCCAGCCCAAAAUCGAGUUCAUAUUCUACUAAGGGAGAGCGGCGAAUUAUGAAGCGGCGAACAAAGGCGGCGGAUACCGAGAAGAAGUCCCUCGUACGACGUCGGCGACAUGCUCGAGAUAGCGAGGACUCAGACGAUGACGCGAAUUCUCAACCGACAGCUCCCGAGUCGAAGCCCGGCUUUGGCUCCUCCAUCUCCUCCUUCUUCACCUACCUCGAAUCCCACCCUAACCUCCCCCACAUCCUUUCGUACUACGUCCAGCUGGCUCUGAACAUCUUCAUCGCCUUCAUGUUCAUGCGCACGCUGUGGUCAUUCUGGUCCGGGAUCAUGGACGACGUGAACCAGCGGGCCGAAUCGGCCAAGAUCAAUAUUCUCCACGAAGUCUCCACGUGCAAAAAGCACUAUGAAGAGAACAAUUGCCAUGUUGCCAGGACCCAGGCAUUGGAACCGCUAUGCCAAAAUUGGAAAGACUGCAUGAACCAGGAUUCCGACAACGUCUACCGAGCCAAGCUCAGCGCCCGCAUGUUCGCCGAGAUAUUCAAUUCCCUCAUCGAGCCGAUUUCCUGGAAGGCCAUGAUCUUCAUGAUCCUCUUCGCCGGCUCAGUCAUUCUAGCCUUGAACGUCGCGUUCAGCAUGUUCCGUAACCACUACCCCCCGAAUAACAACACUCAACACUCUUUCAUGCCGCAGCAUCCGUCCUUCCCACAAACUCCUCACCGAUACCCAAGCGGCGGCUCGUUCCAUGAUGAUCAUGCGUACUUCACCCCGUAUGGCACGAUCGGCCGGACUCCCAGCGGGGAGCACGGGGGGCUAGCACUGGAGCCUGGGCCGAGUGCGAUCGCAGGCGCACAAAAUCAAGGGAGUCCUGGAAAGCGGACAUGGAGGUGAUGCUCCCGACGACGAGGAAUGCCCUGGUCGGGUCAUCUCCGCUCAGGAGGACGAAGCGUAGCUUGUCGUCCGUUUGCUAAACAGCAUAUUUCCUUUGUACAGGUAGCGACAGCUUGCUGCCCACGAAUUGAACGUUGUAUUUUAGAGGAUUGGAGUCUUCGUGCAUAUAGUUGACAUAUUAUCAGGGUGUACGAUAACGGGAACUCAGGAAGUGUGCAUUGGCGUUGUCAGGGCAAUAGUUAUCAAAUUGAGGCGACAGGCAUCGAAUCAUGGACAUAUAGACCGCGUGAUUUGCAAGCAGUAGCUAGCACCUAUCCAGAACUGGCAUAGCAUACCUAGCAUACUAGAAAGGAACGAAUUAUCAAUGGAUCCUCUGACCAUGCCGUGUGCCCU